AGCACGUGUGUCUGUGUUUGAGAAGGGGAAAAUGGCCAGUGCUUCAGUGUUGGAUGAGUUAAGCUGUCCGAUCUGUCUGGAUCUAUUGAAGGACCCGGUGACUGCUACCUGCGGACACAGUUUCUGUUUGAAAUGCAUUACAGGCUGCUGGGAUCAAGAAGACCAGAAGGGUGUUUACAGCUGCCCCCAGUGCAGAGAGACCUUCACUCCAAGACCUGUUCUACGCAGAAGUACAAUGCUGACUGAAGUUAUAGAGAAGCUGAAGAAGACUGAACUCCGAUCUACCAUCACAGUUUCUUCUGAUGCCGAACCAGGUGAUGUGGAGUGUGAUUUCUGCACCGAGAGAAAACAUAAAGCCAUCAAGUCGUGUCUAACCUGCCUAGUAUCAUAUUGUGAAGCUCAUAUUCAGCCUCACUAUGAAGUGCCUCGCUUUAGCAAGCACAAGCUGGUGAAUGCCACCUCACAGCUACAGGAGAAGAUCUGCUCUCAGCAUGACAGGAUCAUUGAGGUGUUUUGUCGCACGGAUCGCAAAUUGAUCUGUAUGCUGUGUUCUAUGGAUGAUCACAAUGGACAUAAAACAGUCUCAGCUGCAGCAGAACGGACUGAAAAGCAGAUAACACUGUUGCAGAUGAAGGGGGAUAACCAGAAGCAACUCCAGCAGAAGGAGAAGGAGGUGGAGGAGGUCAAACAGGCUCUGAAGUCUCUGCAGGUCUCUGCACAGGAAGCUGUUGAGGACUCUGAGAGGAUCUUCACUGAGCUGAUCAAGUUCAUGGAGCAAAAGCGCUCUGAGGUGACCGAGUCGAUCAGAGCUCAGGAGAGGGCAGAGGUGAGUCGAGCUGAAGGACUCCUGGAGCAGCUGGAGCUGGAGAUUACUGAACUGAAAAGAGAUGGUGCUGAUAUGGAGAAACUUCACCCAAUAGAGGACCCCGUUGAUUUCAUUCAGAGUUUCCAGUCACACUUCACCCACCCAUAUGUGGCUAAGGACCUUCCCAAGGUCACUUUUAAACCACAGUUCUCCUACAGUGAAGUGAUGAAACCAGUGGUUCCAUCUCUGAGAGACAAAACAAACGAGUUCCACUUGGCAAUGCAUAAAGUCACAGGCUUCAUGAAGGGAGACCUGGUCAAACUGAAGACUCCUGACACCAUUUCAAAGUUCCUCUACGGAAAAUGUGGGUACACGCACAAGUAUAACAUCACUGUUGGUGGCGUGGGUGUUGUAUCAGGUUUGCCCCGGAAAGAUUCAAUGACUGUUACCUUCCCUGACCACUCUGGCUGGUCGGGGAGUUCAUCUAAGCUGGACCUGGUAUUAGCAAUACAUUAAAAGUCAAAAUCACUCACUUGUUUACUUACAGUAAGAUGACAUUUAUUUUUGACCAACCACACCGAAUGCUUUGCUGUUACUUUAUGUAGGCUUAAAUGUACCUCGUCUUACAAACCAUUUAUUAGAGCAAUGUUGUCAAAUGGCAGCAAAAAUCACAUCUAGUAAUUAUCUUUUUGUUUGCUUCCUGCACACAACAUUCUUAAUAUUAUUCUUUCAGUAGUGCAUGUGAAGCUUUGCAGGUUAGGAGUAAAAGGAAACUUGAAAUGUGAUGUGAUGGAAAAUGUAAUGACCGUGUUCUUUGGUCAUGGAGUAAGUACAGUAGGCCCAUUUAAAUAAAACUUUAAUUUUUCAUUUUGAAUUUCUUGUUAUGUGACGUGUUAACAAAUGCAUUUCACUGUAUAUGUAACAGUUUUGUUAUAUUGAAUCGUUGUUGUUUAGCAAUCAAAUCCGAAAAUUUCAGAUAACUGAGUUUUGUCACCUGAAUAACUA